AUGGCCCCGGCCCCGGACCGGCCGCGCCGGGCCGUCCGGCCGCCGCUUGGAAAGAGGCGUCAACGGGACCGGGACCUGCCCGUCACUGCCCGGGGGGGGGCGUGGGGUGUCCGCAGGGUGAGGACCCCGCUGUGCCCCCGCUCCCGGCGGUCCCCACUCGUUCUGCAGCGCUCCUUUCUCCCAGCAACGGCAGCGGGGGCGGGAGCCGGUGGGACCGACGGCGCUCACCGGGAAAGGGCCGAGACCCCCCGCCCCGCCCGGCCCCGCUCCGUCAGCACCGCGGACAGCGGCGGCGGCGGCAGCACGGCGGACAGCGGCGGGGCCGGGCCACCCUCCGCCCGCCCCUCUGCCCUGCCGGCCCCCCUACCUGCACGCCCUGCCCCCCUACCUGCACGCCCUGCCCCCUUACCUGCCCACCCGCCCGUCCCUGCCCCACCACCCCGCUCUCCUUUCCGCACGGGGCCCGGAGGCGGGGCGGCCCGGCGGCUCAUAAAGGCGUUGGCGGUUCCGGAGCGCGAUGUCCCCGCCGAGCUGCGCAAGGUGAGCUCCGGUCUGCACGAGAACCAGCUCCGUGAUGCCGGGCCGCCCCCACGGCCUCUUCUCCUCAAGUCCCUCCUGGAGAAACGCCGCCGUGUCCGCAUCGACGAGAGCCUCAACCAGCUCAAAACGCUCAUCCUGCCGCUCGUCUGCAAGGCUAGCUCCCGCUGCUUCAAGCUGGAGAAGGCGGACAUCCUGGAGAUGACCGUGCGGUUCCUGACGGAGGUUCCAGCUGCUCCCUCGGCACCAGGUGAGGCCCCCAACCAGCCCCCACCCGCCGCGGCCCGGCCCGGUGCUCACGGCCGUCUCUCCUCAGAGCCCACCGAGAGCUUCCGUGCCGGGCCCGCCUGGGUGCUCUGUUGGCCCCCCCACGCCGCCGCCCCCCGCCCGCAGCUGCGUCCCGGAGCCUCCACCGCCCACCUGCCCCAAGGCGGCCAAGCCACCACCCCACGCCACGCAGCCCCCACCCCAUUCUGUCGGCCCUGGUAGACCCCCACGAGCAGCUGUACAGAGCCCUGUUUAUUUGUACAGACCCCGUUGUCGGCCCGGGGACCCCCAACCCUUUGUACAGAUAAACCUUUGGCCAAAGUUUUGCAGUAGCUGUACCCAGCAGUGCUGGCAUCGCCUGUCUCUCCCACGCCUGGUGCGGCACCACGUGCUGCCUGGGGGCACCGAGGUUUCAGCAGCGGCCUUGGCAGCCAGCGCGGUCAAUGUGCAGCCACAGCCGUGGUUAAUUACCAGACAAGCUGUGGCACGGGCCCCUUGAUGCAAUGGCCCGGCAGCGCUUGCACCCCGCUUCUGUGCCAGGUCUGGGCUUGUCCCUGCCCCAUAUGGGGGCACACAGAGACCCUGCCAGGCCCUGGCUUUGGAGGUGCCACCUGCGGUGGGUGCAACGUGGCAGUGCAGGGCUCAGAGGAGCUGAGAGGUGCUGCACCGCCAUGAGGGCUGCAGGCUCCCCGAGCCCCCCCUGCCACGUGCUGUGUCACAGCAGCAGCUCAGGGCUCGGUUGGGAGCUGGCAAUGGGGGGGGACCCUCCUGCACCCACUGCCCCGCUUUGCCCUGCGCUGCCCCCCGACGAGCGGAGGCCACGAGCCGCUCCACGACGGACACGCGUGGCUCGU